AUGUGCGGUUGUCUACAAAACCAGUGCUGGAACAUUUCAUAUCCUGCUCUGUUUCCCAGGCAAGGCGGUCCUCGCUUGCGGCAGACCCAGACGUAUCCGGCCGAAUUCGGGCGGGUGGUGGCCCGGCAUCACAUGACGACCAUGGACAACUCCUGGGCCACUGAAGUUGUACGUUCCUGGGAGCAUGCGGGCUUGGAGGACGUUCGUGCGUUCCUGAUAAAGGAACGCGCGGCAGGAAGGUCUGCGAAGGAGGCAAAGAAAGCUCGGACCAGCCCGCCACCGUCUUCCAAAGCCGUCAAUCGACAGCUUUCCUUUGCAGAGUCUGAGGUUCCCUUGAUUGAGACCCCUCCCCACCGAAUCAAGCCGAAGGCUUCGACUGAGGACGUCAGUCAGGAGAAGCUGAAGGCACCGUCUGUGCUCAAGCGGGCGCAGACUGUUGAUGGCACGGGUACCAGUGUGCGGAAAGCCGAAGCUCUGCAGAGGCAGAAAGAGCUCGAAGAAGAGUUAGAAGAAGAGCGGUCGCGACAGGCAGCAGAGGCCAAAGCUUUGACAGACAUGGAGCCUAAGGGUGCCACGAAGGCGGCCACAGGCCAACAGCACUACCAGAAAGGCAAAUCUUCCAUGAGCACGCUCUACGAGGAUUUCGUUGCAACCGGAGGAAACUGGAAGAACGGUGUGAUUAUGAAGUCGAUCCGCCGCAAGAGAAGCAGUGGAUCACAUGCAUGCAGAAAGUGGUUGACCCGCCGGCAGAUGCUGCAGUACUUCGACAACGACCAGAAACUGGUCGACUCGAUCAUCGUCAGGAAGGAAAGCGACCCAGAGCUUUUGAAGUCCGAGUGCCGCGACCACCCGGAAUGCCCAGGUUUGACGCAGUACCUUGUCCUCGUCGAGGAUACAGAGAUGGCUGCUGAGUCUGUCGAAAUCGAUGAUUUGUUCCAAGCGGAAGACAGCUCAGCUUCCAGCUCGGAUGAAAGCUCAAAGUCGGAUGCCUCGUCGUCGUCCGAGGAUGGGGAGGACGAGGAGAAGGAGGCAGCACGAAAGAUCGGAUUGGAAGCCAAGAAGGUGCUGAACAUGCUGAGCAGCAAGAUCAAAGCUUUGAACCGCAGGAGCCACAACCUCAAGGAGGCCCUGGCAAAGGACUUGGAGCAGUCGGCUAAAAAGCUGAUGAAUGCCCGGGCAAAGUUGCAGCAAGCCGUGGAUGCCGACAAGGAUGACAUGAUAACGGAGAAGACGCUCCACGCCAAGACCGCCUUGGAUGAAGCUGAGCAUACGCUUCAUUUGAAGAAGCCAAAGGGCUCCAAGUGA